GGUUACCAAUCGUUAUCCGCAACAAAUUAAUAACAUAACUAUUAAUAAUACAGCUGUUUUAAAAAUUUAUCGAUAAUUAGUUUCACACUCAGAGCAAUUUGCAGCACCAAAGAAAAUGUAUAAAAGUUGAGCGAAAAGAGUGCUGACCACUUGAUUUAUAAUAUAAAAAAUAAACAAACACAGUUGAUUAUUUAACUAUAAUUUGUAGACCUAUAUUUCGUUUACGCGAUACUGCCAAUAACUCGUGCUACAAUAAACAACUUCUGUGGAGCAUGUUUACAAGAUUUGGAUAAAUCAAAAAGCACACAACUGCAACAUAAUUUGAAAGACACUCUCAAUUGGCAGAUGGAAUACAACCGAUAACAAGAUUGAAUUUAACCAUGCCAACUCGUUUUUUGCCAUAACUGUUAUACCAAAAUCGGCAUAUUUUGCAAAUUUGCAGAGAUGUCCAUCUGUUCAAAAAUUGCUCUUAGCGAGAUAACGGCCGAAAAUCUCGAAAUAAUGGAAAAUACUAAAUUUAAACUGAUAUGCGCAACAUGCUUUAAAGUUAAAUUGGGGAAUCGUGCUUUUUCUCCUGAGCAACAGAAUUUCAUGCAACUUUUCAGGAAUUAGUGAUAAACCAUCUCUAGCUAAAGCUAUAUGUAAACAUUGCACUCAGAAAUGUGAAACAUUUCUUGAAUUUCAAAAGACAGUGCAAAGGAGUCAACAAUAUCUCAAAUCCACUAUAGAUAUGAUAGGACUAGAUGAGAAACUUAAACAAAAUAUACAUGAAAAUGGCACUGAGGGAAGCGAACACAAUCCACAACUCUUGCGCAUCAACAAAAGAGAACUUGAUUUUUCCGAAACUGGCAGUGAAUCUGAAAUAGAUAAAAUUAUAAUUGAUUCAUCCACUGCAGUAAAUCAAUGUCCAUUUUGUCAACGAAAGUUUAAACGCAAGACCCACUUAAAUGGCCAUGUCAGAUUGGUCCACGAAGGGAUUCGUCCCCAUAAAUGUGGCUUUUGCGAACGCUCAUUUGGACUGCCCAGAACCUUACGCAUCCAUAUAAUGGGUCACACAAAAGAGCGUCCCUUUACGUGCAACAUUUGUCAGAAAUCGUUUCGGCAAAAGACUGAAUUGAAUCUUCAUAUGAAUAACCAUUUGUCUAACUCGGAAUUUAGAUGUCCAAUUUGCUCGCGUGAUCGCGCUAGCCAAGAGGACCUAGACUCCCACAUAUCUCGGCACAAUAACUAGGAAGGAUAUCAGUGCAGUACGUGUGGACGAAAAUUUAAGAGACGUUGUCAUCUGAAAGAACACGGUGAUGCAGUGCAUCUAAAGCCCAUACUAACUGUGGAAAGGCUUUCGGCGCACACAAAACCCUCUACACACAACAAAGGACGCACACUGGAGAACGCCCAUACAAUUGCCAUAUGUGUAAUAAACCGUUUUCGAGUAAGGCAAGUCUUUCUCGACAUGUACAUUCUCAUAAUGAAACGCUCGUGAAAGAAAAACUUAUUGAGUAAAUAUAUUAGUCACCAAAAAUGAAA